AUGGUCCUGCUGGGCCUGUUCCAGAUAGCCUUCAGCACAGUGUGCAUCGUCAGCGGGCUCAUAGAUGGCAUUUUCAGAACUGAGUCUCAGCUGAGCAUAACUAGAGCUCCAGUUUGGGCUGGGAUGGUGAUGGGAGUCCCAGGCCUCCUGGCUUUGUUUUCUUCUCAGCGGAAGAACCCAGUUCUCGUGAAUGUGCUGAUAGUUUCUUCCCUAAUCUCUUAUGUUGCCAUCCUCAUCAUAAUAGUUUAUAGCUCACUCACACUGAACUAUGGGGAAGAGGAGGAGCUGAAUUCUGCCCCAGUCCAUGUUACCCAUACUAAGUUCGUACUUAAUAAAGUAGUCAAGGGCGCUAACAUAGCCAUGUUAGCUGCAUCUGUCUGCAGUGCUUUUGUUGUGCUGCUGGUGGCUUACUUGGGAUGCCGGAGUCUUCCACACUGCUCGUGCUACGACAGUGUAACUGGGAUGGAAUGGUUGCAACCUAGUGAGGACCAAAAUCAGACUGUGGAAAUGAUUUGUGCUGCACAAAGCCCUGGGGGCAGAAUUUUUAACUUCCCAGAUCAGUUUCCAGCGCAGGACUUAGAUACAGAGGAAGAUGGAUCCAAACCUCCACCAUAUAUCAGAAUGGCUUGA